AAUCGCCUUUAAUAAAUAUAAAUAAAAUAAAUUUUAUUCAAAAAAUAAUUUGAAUACAUGUUUAUUUUCUUGAAUACAUUGUGGGUACAUCACUAAACUUACAAUUAUGUGUCAAAGUUUAUAGCCAUGUGUCAGUGUCAAAGAAACUGUCAACUGUCAAGUGUCAGACGCAAAAGUUUUGAAAAAUAGAAAUUACUGCAAGUGUUUUUAGUUUUACAAUGUUAUUUUUUAUUUAACUCUAAUCUAAUGAUCAACAUUAAAGAAUAAUUCAAAUUUAGACUUAAUAGCACAAACUUUAAUGUGUGUCAAUUACGUUGCCGUGUUCAGAUAUGUUAAAUAAUCUAACCUACGAAUAUAACGGUAUUGUGAUCUAAUUGCCGACCGGUCUCGGUAUUGCUGGCGUCUGCAGACGUAGCAGUUGUUUCAACAAAUGAAUAAAAUGAGUGACGACUUAAAGUCCGACGAUGGAGACAUUGCGCCAGUGGAAGGGAACCUUCUGGAGCAGCCUAAAGAGGCGACAGGGCCGAGGAAUCCGCUGAUGAAGGUGCGGACCUACGUGCUGGCGCUGCGGCCCUGGUCGCUCAGCGCCAGCUUCCUGCCGACGCUGCUGGGCGCCGCGCUCGCCUACCGCCUGCCCGGCGACGACAGCUUCAGCUGGCUCACCUUCCUGCUCACACUGUGCACCGUCAUACCCGUGCACGGAGCUGGCAAUGUUAUCAACACAUAUUUCGAUUUUGUCAAAGGCAUUGACAACCGCAAAUCGGACGACAGGACUCUAGUGGACCAUAUCCUAAGUAUUGAUGAAGUGGUGUCACUUGGUGCUUUAUUGUAUUUUGUAGGAUGUGCAUUUUUUGUGCCUUUAGUUAUUCUAUCACCAGCUCGGAUGGAACACUUAGCCUUAGUUUAUUUUGGAGGAUUGUCCUCAUCCUUUUUGUACACAGGUGGAAUAGGUCUGAAAUACAUAGCUUUAGGUGAUAUUGUAGUUCUAGUCAUUUUCGGUCCUUUGUCAGUAGUGUUUGCUUUCCUAGCUCAGACAGGGAGGGUGGAUUGGCCUAUCAUAUAUUAUGCUAUACCCCUGGCCUUGAAUACUGAGGCUAUCCUCCAUAGUAACAACACAAGAGACCUUGAAACUGAUAGCAAAGCAGAGAUUGUAACUCUUGCUAUUUUGAUUGGAAAGACUGCCUCAUUGCUACUGUAUGCAUUUCUACUGUUCACACCCUACAUUAUGUUUGUGGUGGCGUCGGUGCGGUGCUCCAUGUGGUUCCUGCUGCCCAUGCUGACUCUACCACGAGCCUUUGAAAUUGAGAGGAUGUUCAGACGUCCAGAGUCCAUGCGGUAUGUGCCUAGACAAACUGCAAGGCUGAAUUUCUACUUUGCUAUGCUUUAUGUUAUAUCUUGUCUCUUUGCUCACAGAUUACCAUUUCUAUUGCGGUAAAACGAAAAAAUACUUGAGGCCUAUGACAAAAUAUAGAUAGGUUUAUCUAUAUCAAGCUUAAUGUUUGUUUCAAUCAACACAAUAGACCUUGAUUUUAUUUAUGUACUUAAUUAUGAACUUAGGAAUAUUAACUGUCACUCUUGAAUAAUACUCAUUCUAAUGUUAAUAAUGUAAAUAAAUAGCAUUAUUAAUUACAGAAACUGUAUUGAAAUACUAUUUAUCAUUAUCAAACCUUCUCAGAUGAUGCACUGUUGUGAAGACAACAUAAUUAUCAUAUCAAUUACUUAUGAGAUCGAAAUAUAAAAUUGUAUAUCUACCUCUGCCAUGUUUAUAAAUUAUCUUGUGGUUUACAGCAUUCCAAUUUAUGGAUUUUGUACCAUGAACAUGACUACUCCCCUGCCUGAAUGUUUAUCUAGGAUAUGUGUGAGAUCUGACUCUAGCUCCAAUAAGAGCUUUCGUAGGCUUCAUUAUUUUAUUAAUGUAGUCUUUGUAUUGUUUAACAACAUAAUAACUUUAUCCAAAGAUGAAAAGGACCAGUUAUUUCUAACUUGUUAUAAUUACUAUAGUUUAGUCAAAUAUAUUUUGUGUUUAGAACAAGCAGACAAUAAUUUAUAUUUAGUAAAUAAGCUUUAAUUUUUAGGAAAAUAUAAAAAAUGCUAAUAUU